UGUUUUUAUUAUCAGCUGUUCGUUGGGAUCUAUACUGCGGUGCUAUAAUUUACAUGGAACAGUUUCUAAAAGUAAAAAGAAACAUAAGAAUAAAACAUAUAGUCUGCACCUUUUCCUCGGAUUAAACAACCAAAGAUUUAUUUUUAACGAUUUAGACGUCGGAAAAUCUGUUGCUCUGUAAAGAAGCAGGUCUGGCUGAAGUUGUACUGCUGAGAUCUGCUCAUAACGUCCGUCAGAGUGAAGAAUUGAGUUGACCUUCAGAUAUUCAGUACAAGCACACUUGAUUGAUAACAAUGCUUCAGCGGCUCACAAACCUGCUCUUUGGAAGUGUAAAUGAAACAAUUGAGGAACCAGCUGUACCAAAACCAGGGUCACCAGAAGUGGAUGAGGAGGGUUGGCUACUGGUCAAUGCUGCCGAUGGAGAGGCAUCCCCUGAACCCAGUGAGGUGCAGUUCAAGGUAAUAGGAAACCGGUCCAGCACUGAGAAGUGUGCUGCCAGCCUGGUCAGUGAUGCAAGCAUUGUCGAACCAGAAGUCCCUAUUGCUCGAAGCAGUAGUCGAGUAUCUCAGCGGUUGGUCUCUCAGGCCGAAGCUCUGGUCAAAGUGUCACAGGUGGGCCGGAUCCAGCGGGCUCAGGCACGGUCCAACCGCCACAAUCUCAGCCGCAAUUGCAUUCAGCGGCAGAACCACAUUCAUCAGCGUCUUCCUCAACGCUACUCUCGCACACAUCACAUGAUCCUCCAUCAGCCUAGUCGUCGCAACUUUAGUCACUAAGAUGCAUAAAGUGUCAACAGGCAUCAUGCAAGCAAACAACAAAUAUGCAAAUACCUUGGUUCAAAAUAAAAGCACGAUAUGAAUAUUCUUGAACUUUAUAUAUAUAUA